CGUAGGUAGAAUGGACUAAACCAUGUUAGAAAGAGGGGUCUCUAAUCGUUUAAACAUUGCAAAACUACAAUUCUACCUGUAGAAAUAUGUUUUCUAUUCAAUUUCCUAUUAAUUAAGUGUCACAUUUUUUACCAUUUGAAAUCGUUAAUGGUUUAUUAAAAAUGUUCGAUAAUAUUAAUAAAUAUUUUAAGCAUUUUUCUACCCUUCUCGACGGUGUUUGUAAUCGUCAUGCACCAAGCGGAAGAGACAAACCAAGGUACUUAAAUGUCGUGCAGUAUUUUGUCUUUUGAGUAUUAUAUGUUGUUCGUGUCAUUGUGCAAUACAGGUGACAUGGAUAAAUAACUUUAGAUAUCAUGAGGCAACACGUCUGGGUUCAAUUAAAGCGACAUGUAGCUAUGAGUGUGUCUUACUAAUGUAAACAAUAACAUGAGAGUACACUAUGAUAUAGCCACGUAUUAUCUGGAUACAUUGAAAAAGAAAUGGAUGAUUGCUUUUACUCGUCUUGUUCAAACGUGACUCGACAGUUUUGUUAUCAGCAGGUCGCAUAUAACAGUUUUAGGGUGUAGCUUGGCUUGCUUUGCCUUCACACCCUCUGUCCUCAGUUGUUUUUGCAGGUAUUGGAGUCUUGAUAGUGGCAUCAUUCAUAUUUCACCCUGCUCUGUUCUGCUGCACUCUCACCCUUCAGCCGGUGUUUUAGAGUCUUGGCCAGGAUGCAUGUACUGCUUCUCAAAGACCCAAGAGAAGAGGAGUCAGGACCUGAUCCUUACAUUAAGGAGCUGGCAUCACACGGACACAAAGCAACCCUUAUUCCAGUGCUGUCUUUUAAGUUUGUCUCAUUAAACACCCUGUCGGAUAAGCUUUUCCAGCCAGAAAAGCAUGGCGGUCUUAUAUUCACCAGUCCAAGAGCAGUGGAAGCUGUGAGGAUGUGCUUAGAAGCAGAACAAAGACAGGAAGAAUGGAACAGCUCUGUGAAAGACAAGUGGAAUAUGAAGUCAAUCUAUGUGGUCGGGAAAGCAACUGCUGCAUUAGUACAAAACCUGGGCCUGAACCCUUUGGGCGAGGACACAGGGACAGCAGACGCCCUAUCACGUGUCAUCAUCGAACGGGAGGACACAAAUAUUCCCCCACUUUUUUUCCCCUGUGGCUCAAUCAAAAGAGAAGUGUUGCCUACGGCUUUAAGGGAAAGUGGAGUGCCCCUGGAGACGCUGACUGUCUAUCAAACCGCUGAACAUCCAGAUCUGGAGAAAAAUCUCAAGAACUAUUUCACCGAGCAGGGCACGCCAGCCAGCAUCAGUUUCUUCAGUCCUUCGGGGGUGAAGUUUUGCCUGGAAGUGGUGCGGAGGCUGUCAGGUGAACAGCUGACUCAGAUAAAGUUUGGAGCCAUUGGACCGACUACAAGAGACGCUAUGACAGCAGAAGGCCUGUGUGUCAGCUGUACGGCGGAAAAACCGACACCAGAAUACUUGGCUGCAGCAAUCGCUAAAGCUCUACAAGAACCAAACACAGCCGACGGCACGAUGCUGACUUUUAUCCAGCUGAUCAUUUUGCUCUUUUGGACGAGCAUUAGCUCAGCUGAUGCGGAGAAACUUUUCCAUAAAAGGGAUCAUUCUGAUGUGCAGAACCUGAACUCUCAUCAAGCUGAGGUUAUCACCGACAAGUACUCGGCAGAGUUAUUUCUCUCUAGAUAUGGAUUCAUUAAACCGGUAAACUGGGAGGAGGUCCAGUUUGAGGACGUGGACACCUCUUUCACUGAAGACUUCCUGGAGGAAUUUCAAGAUAAGAUCCAAGAAGGGACCUCAGUGCAUCGAUCAAGGGAUUCGCCUCGUGUUGGGGCUCAAGAUGACAGCAACAGCUUCACAGAGAGCCAGGCGUUUGCUUCAGCUAUUGAGGAGUUUCAGAGAGUGUCGGGUCUGCCGGUCACAGGCAUGUUUGAUGAGGCCACAAAGGAGGCGAUGAACAAACCGAGGUGUGGAGUCCCCGACAAGGAGAUCGAGCUGAACGCCCAUGAAGCACUUGAGAACACUACCGUUUCAGAUAUUGAAAACAGUGUCAGUGAGGCUGACAGUAAUAACACAGGGAGUAAUGCAACCAGCGACACUUUUUUUGGCACCGAAAACUCAUUUGAAGAUGACUUUUUCAAUUUCAACGACACAGAAAGUGUUCUCACAAACAUCUCCAAUGACACCAGCAGCAAUUACACAAAUGACUUAGUUGAUCACAUUUCAAAUGAAACCUCUCCCAAUGAUAUCAGCAUGCACAGUCAAACAAAACAUAUCAGCCUGAGCUCUCAGCAGAGCAAAGCAGUGCAGCGCAGAAAACGUGACCUUGCAGCUCUCGUAUCCAAAAACAGACAAAGGAGAGAUUUGAGCGAAACGGGCUACAUGGCCUUUUCUAAGAAGGUGCUGAAGUGGAGGCUGAUCGGAGAAGGCUACAGCAGUCAGCUGUCCAUCGAAGACCAGAGGCAUAUCUUCAGACUGGCCUUCAGGAUGUGGAGCGAGGUGUCUCCGCUGGACUUUGUGGAGGACACACGCUCCCCGCUAGAGGAGGUGGACAUCCGGCUGGGCUUUGGCACAGGAAGACACCUGGGAUGCAAUCAAAGGUUUGACGGCACCGGUCAAGAGUUUGCCCACGCCUGGUUUCUGGGUGACAUUCACUUUGAUGAUGAUGAACAUUUCACCGGUCCCGACGCUGGCAGUGGCAUCAGCCUUCUCAAAGUGGCAGUUCAUGAGAUCGGCCAUGUUUUGGGUCUCCCCCACAUCUACAGACCCGGCUCUAUAAUGCAGCCCAGUUAUCUGCCCCAGGAGUCCGGCUUUGAGGUGGACUGGAUGGACAGGAAGGCCAUACAGCACCUCUAUGGGGGCUGUAAAGGUCGAUUCAACACAGUGUUCGACUGGAUCAGGAAGGAGAAGACGCCCUAUGGGGACGUGGUCAUCCGCUUUAACACCUACUUCAUGAGGGGCGGCUGGUACUGGCUGUAUGAGAACAGGAAUAACAGAACCCGGUUUGGAGAUCCAGUCGCACUGCAGAUUGGUUGGCGUGGAAUUCCCAUGGACGGAGUGGAUGCACGCGUGCAUGUGUGGUCCAGAAAAAGAGACGCUGUUUACUUCUUUAAAGGUACUCAGUUUUGGAGAUACGACCAUGAGAAUGACCAGGCGUUCAAACAAGACCCUGAAGGUCACCGUUAUCCCAGGUUAAUCUCUGAGGGUUUCCCUGGGGUACUGAGUCCCGUUGACACGGCCUUUUAUGACAGGAGGGACUCCCACAUCUACUUCUUCAAAAACACUCUCGUGUACGCAUUCGACGUGUCAGCCAACAGCUUGGCAAGAGGCUUCCCCAGAAACAUCAGAGAUGUUUUCCCUGCAGUGGAGAGCGGAGACCAUCCAGAUGGCAACAUUGACGCUGCCUACUUCUCUUACACCCACAAUGCCAUCUUUCUACUCAAGGGCACACGCUUCUGGCAGGUGGUGGGAAGCCGAAAUCGCUGGCGCCGGCCCUUUCUGCCACGGAAUGGCCUGCUGCCACACAGGGAGGUGGAUCAGCACUGGUUCGACAUCUGCAACGUUCAUCCCACGGCACUCAAACUGACACGCUGAGGUUGCUGAAGCAGAGACUUUUUGAACACUACUCGUGUGUACAGGUAUGAUCUACGCACUCGCCUCUUGUCAUACAUGUGCAGAUGUCAGUUAUCUACUUGUUUUUGUGUGUUGUGAAUGUAUAAUUUAAGAUCCUAAAGACAAAAACAGCUGAAUUUCACUGUUGGCUUUUAUUGAAAUGAAGAGUUCUAUUAAUACAUAUGCUGUCUGUCUCAUACUUUGAGGUGCCAAGAGCAUAUUGGCGGGAAAUAAAUCCUGAAGGACCUUUUAUGUUUACAAUAUAUAAAGCAUUAGAGAGAUUUCAUUUAUUUAUAGAGUGUUUGUAAAGUCUUUAUACCGACACCUCAUUUGAUUUGUUGAUGAAUGUAAGAGGACUCUUAAAUUGCACACCAUGAAAAAGGGGAUUCUUUCUUCAAAAAGGUUGAAUAAAGUACAGGCUCACAAUGCAAAUACCAUUUAUAAAGGCAUCUUUGACCUUUCCUGUUUUUAUGUUGCAUUCCCAUUUUCCAAUUUUGCACAAGUAGUAAUGAAAUAACUUUUCCCAGACUGUACAAAUGAUCUCAUUUCAGUUCAGUUCAUUGCUCAUUAUGAAAGUACAAAAAUACAAACCAGAU